AUGCUCGACACAGGUGCUUCCGACGUUUCAACCGCUGGCCUAGACCAAUUCCAUGCCUGGCAGCGCGAAGACCACUGCGCUACCCUCGAUACCACCCGCGCAGGCCAGGCAGGCAUCUCCUUUGGAGAUGGACCCCGGAUUGUGUCUGUCGGUGCGACCGCGAUUCGCACGGCAUUCGGGCCCGUUGAUUUCCACGUUCUUCCCACUAAGACCCCGUUCCUCCUCUCCCUAGCCGAUAUGGACCGGCUAGGCUUUUUCAACAAUCAGACCAACGAAGUCGUCCGCGAUGACAUUCGCGUUCCCGCAUCAAUCCGUGAGAUCACGAGGAUGUGCCACCACUGUCAAAUCAACGGCACCUCCCCCCAACGCUUCAGGUUUACCCUUAGAGACGACCGCGAGUUCAAUUUCGAGAUAACCGCGGAUGUAGUCCAAAUAGGCGGAAAGCCUGUGCUACACGUGAUCGACGAAGCCACAGCGUUCCAAGGCGCCAGGUUCCUCCCCUCGAUGACCGCCCGAGACACCUGGGAAACGCUACGGAUGCUGUGGAUAGACACCUACCAAGGCCCCCCGGACUUUAUGCGCCACGAUGCCGGCACUAACUUUGCAGCAGAGGAGUUCCAAAAAGAGGCAUCGCUGAUGGGUAUCACUUGCAGGCAGGUGCCUAUCGAAGCCCACAACUCGAUUGGAAAGGUAGAAAAGGCACACGGCCCCCUCCGCCGCGCCUACGAUAUCCUCCAAGCAGAGUUGGGUGAGUCGAGAAGCCCAGAUGCCCUCCUCCAAAUGGCUGUAAAGGCAGUCAAUGACACAGCCGGCCCGGAUGGCCUUGUCCCUACCCUCCUCGUCUUCGGCGCAUACCCACGAAUCAACCACGAUUCACCGCCCUCUCCCCCUAUGAUCAAGCGCGCAGAGGCUAUUCGGAAAGCCAUGGCAGCUCUGCACCGUGCUGCCGCUGCCCGUCAGGUUAGAGAUGCCCUCAACACGAGGAAUGGACCAAAUGUAGAGCGCGCUGCAGAGCUUCCCCUGCAGAGCGAGGUCCUCGUGUGGAGAGAGGCUGACGGCUGGACCGGCCCGUGGAUCGUUAUCGGCAAUAACGGCCACGAAAUAACAAUCAAUCAUGUCAAUGGCCCCCGCAACUUCAGGAUCACAGCGGUCAAGAAAUACCACCGUGAUCCUCAGGCCCCCUCAUCACAACCCCACGACGACUCGCAGCCAAAUCCCCGACGAGUCGACCCCAAUGCACCCCCUAACCCCGAUCAAGAUGAUGCCCCUGCCCCUGUGCUCCUACCUGAACAACGCCGACGAGGACGCCCCAAAGGCUCCAAGAACAAGCCCAAGACCGGCGUAGCCAACCUGUCAAAGAAGGAAGUUAAUCACUAUGAUCACGCUUCCGAUACCCAAGAGAUUAACAACCUAAUCGCACAGGGUGUGUUUGAGUUCAUUCGUUUCGACCCGUGGCCCACAAAGGCCAAAGACUCUUUAAAGCACGCAUGGCAUCAUCCCGCCGGCUUCGGCAUGGUCGCUAUGCAGACGGAUGACACCUCCUCCUCGCCUCCCUGA